AAGGAUAGGUUGGGGAAAUCCAAAUUUUGAAUUGAAAAUUGUGUGCGGAAGUCUCUAUCCAUUUCCCACCGCAUGGCUUCUUCAGACUCGAAGAGCUUCUUCUUCAUGUCUGCACCUCCUCAAAUCCGAGCUCCUCUUACUCUCGAAGCUGAUGAUUCCGACCUCGAUGUUGCAAGUAAUGAUACUCUUUCUCAAUCUGAAGAAGAAGAGUUUUUUCAAGAUGAUGAGUGUGUGCAGCUAUCUCCCAUGCAUGCUGCACCUUUGCGGGUUACUCCUUUUGCCCAUUUGUCUACCUUUAAUGAUGAAGUGGACGAAGACGAAGACGAAGACGAAGACGAAGACGACGACAAUGAAGAAGAAGAAGGAGAAGAGGAAGGUGCGCCCAGAAUUAAGAUGCUGGACUCAGAAGAAGAAAAUCACGAGGCGUCGACUUUUACGAACUUGUUACCUGUUAGUCAAUCACUGCUUGCAAAUGAUUUCGCAUUUUUCAGUGGCAGUGACGAGGAAUUGGAUGUGGAUGAGCAUGUUCUGGACCCGGUUCUUGGAAUUAGGGUUGCUUAUCAUGAAUACUCUAGUGCAAAAGAUUCUGAUGUUACGUCGGAGCAUUCACAGGACAAUUUCAACAACGAAGAGGGAUUUGGCGUGCCAAGAGUGGUACUCAAUGAACUGGAGAGUGUUGAGCUGGUUGAGACUGAUACCACAAUGCAAGGGAAGUUGGAUGGAGGAGCUUCAAUUGUUGUUGGUGACACCGGCUUAUUGAAGUCCAGUCUUGAGGAUUGCAGCAACAGCAUAUUACAGGAACAUCAUAUGAGUGUUCAUGACCUACCAGAACACAACUCCCAAGUACAUUGCAUCACAUGUGAACCUGAAUCUGCUGAAAAUGUUCAGUAUAGUGCAGCGACUCAAACCACUGAAGCUAAUGGAAGUGGAGGUGUUGCCGAUGAUCAAGUAAAGGGAUGUGAGAAUCUGGUAAGUAUAACUAGAUCUGUAGUAGACUCAAAUGCUGAAUUGUGUGAUUCUUCUGCUGGUUUUGAAUCCAAUCAUGAUGCUUAUGAAAGUAACAUAAUUCAUAGUGUUGAGUCUUGUGAAGUUCUUGACCCCACGCAUCUUCAAGAAUGUUAUUUGGAAAAGGAUUUGUCUGAAACGAGUCUAGGUGUUAGUCUAGAAGAUGAAUUGUUUUCUGAUUACCAUUCAGCGGAACAUGUGGAAGCACUUAAAGUGGGAUUCGCUGCAAAAGAAGAGACUACUGUUGAGUUAAACACGGCUAGCCAAGAAUCAGACAGAGAAGGUUCUGCUUCAGAUGGGGAUGUGGAAGGGUUGACAACAGUUGCCCUUGAGCAGUUCAGGGAACAAAUUUCAGCUUUCUCUAUUCUUCUGGGUUCAAAAGGUUCUGGAAAGGACUCUCAAGAAAAACAGACCAUCAGGAUUUCACAUGGAUCAAUGAACUUACCAACUAGGGAUGAUGCAAAAGGCCAAUUCAUUUAUGCUGAUAGUGAUGAUGAAUCAGAUGGCAGCUCAGGUACAGUCACCUCUGCUGAUGAAUCCAGUGUUAUCUGUCUUGAAGAUCCAGCUACUUUCAGUUCCUUACAGUUACCAUAUUACGAUGCUCGAGCUGGUUUCCAGCACAACAUAACUGAGAAGGAAAAGGGGAAAAUACAGAAUAUACAGGCCAUAAGUGUGAAAUUCUUGAGGCUUGUCCUGCGAAUAAGCUUAUCUCUUGAAGAUUCCUUGGUUUCAAAAGUUUUAUACAGGUUGGUCGCAGAUAUUGAAAGGCGCUUGAAUCAGGAAUUUAUCAUUAAAUCAGCAAAAACAUCAGCAAAGAAGCUUGAAGAAAAUUGUCAAGAUGAUUUGGACUUUUCUUUGAACAUUCUGCUUCUUGGGAGAAGUGGGGUGGGAAAGAGUGCAACCAUAAAUUCUAUUUUUGGUGAUAUGAAGGUCGUGACAAAUGCAUUUGAACCUGCCACUACUUCUGUAAAAGAGGUUUCUGGAACUAUUGAUGGAAUCAAGAUCAGAAUCCUUGACACACCUGGUCUCAAGUCCUGUAUAAAGGAGCAAGCUUACAACAGAAAGAUAUUGUCAUCUGUAAAGAGGUAUAUGAAAAAGUUUCCACCAGAUGUCAUUCUCUAUGUUGAUCGAGUAGAUGCCCAAACCAGAGAUCUAAAUGAUUUACCAAUAUUAAGGUCAAUCACAAGUUCUCUCGGUCCCUCAAUAUGGCAACAUGCAAUUCUUACUCUGACACAUGCUGCUUCUGUUCCUUUCGAUGGACCAUCAGGAUCCCCUUUGAGCUAUGAAGUAUUUGUUGCUCAAAAAUCCUAUCUUGUUCAACAAUCAAUUACUCAAGCAGUACGUAAUCUAUGUCAAUUGAGUCCAAGUUUCAUGUGUCCAGUCGCCCUUGUUGAGAAUCAUCCAUUGUGUGGAAAGAAUAUGUUUGGGGACUGUGUGCUUCCCAAUGGACUUAGAUGGAGAAGCCAAUUAUUAGCUUUGUGUUUCUCUCUGAAGAUCGUAUCUGAAGUGUCUUCUAUUUCAGGAUCUCAAACUCUUUUUGAUAAUUGGAAGAAUUGUUUCUUCCAGGACCAUCCCCAGCCUCUGUGCCAUCUAUUUUCUUCAUUGUUGAAGUCUCCUGCUCAUCUAAAAUUUUCUGCCAAUUGGAAUUGACCUAGAUGUUCACUUCACAAAUAAUGAAUAUGUGAAAUAUGAUAGUUGAAUUCACAUUUCAGCUUUUUCGUGAUGUCAAUUAUCGGGAGUCAUGGCUGUAACAACGAUCUUCAGGAUCAGACUGUUAGCAUUGCAAGAAAUCUUUAUGUUCAUACUUUCAUAGUAGCUUUAUUGCUGCUUUUCCUCUUCAGACCAUCAAUACUGAAAGAUUUUCCUCUUA